AUGGGCCAGCAAGCCUCCAAGCCGAAACCCGGCACCAAACUCCAAGUAAUCGGCGCGGGCCUACCCCGCACCGGCACCGCCUCCGUCGCACAAGCCCUCGAAAUCCUCCUCGACGGCCCCGUCUACCACGGCGGCACCCAAGUCACCCGCGGUCCCGAGUCCGAGAUCCGCUCCUGGACCGCCGCCCUCGAACACACGCCCUUCCGCUCCGCCGCCGACGAAAAAGUCGUCCUCGACGUCCUCCGCACCCAUUUCGGGCAAGGCUACGCCGCGACCGUCGACGUCCCCGGCAUGCUCUUCACCGAGGAACUCGUCGGGCUGCACCCGGACGCCCUCGUGCUCUGCACCAUGCGCGACCCGGAUGCAUGGGUGCGGAGUAUACGGCAGACGGGGCAGAAGAGCCUGCAGGCUUUCUUAUCGUUUGCGCUCUUCUUGUUGCCGACGAUGCGCUGGUUUCCGCGGUACAUUGAUGCCAUUCCCAAGGGUCGCUGGGGCGAGCUGUUCCCGCAGGAGGAGGUCAUGCCGACGCGCGGGGUUUGGGAUCAGCAUCAGGCGUGGUUGAGGAGGGUCGUGCCCGCGGAGAGGUUGGUGUUUUAUAAUGUCAAGGAUGGGUGGGGGCCGUUGUGCGAGGCGCUGGGGAAGCCAGUGCCCGAUGUGCCGUUUCCGAGGAUCAAUGACGGGGAUGCUAUUGAUGCGUUUGCCAAAGAGCAGAUUCUCAAGGGACUGACGAGGUGGGCUGUCUUGCUGGGAAGCUUGGCGGCUGUAGGUGGUGGCUGGUGGUGGACAAGGUGA